AUGCCCUCUUCACAUACUCCAAUCAUCUCAUCAACAAUACCCGAAAAAUCCCAGUAUGAAAUUUACGGUACAUGCUCGAAAUGUGGUGAACCUCGUUUUCACUACAACUGGUGCCGCCAAUGUGAAUUCUAUUCAUAUCAAUCCGAGCAUCCGGACUGGUCGAGCAAUAAUCAAGGUGUUGACUUGGUCAUCAAAAGUAUACAAGCUAAUGCGGGAACAAUAUUUUCGUUCAUUGAGUGGAUUGAAUACGAAAAAUUUGAAGAUGUGGAAUACAUCGGGAAAGGAAGUUUUUCCAAGGUUUAUAAGGCAAAGUGGAGAGAUGGUCCGAGGGAUGGUCCACCUACGUUCGAAGAGGAGAACAAGAACGCCGACAACAUGGAUAUCCGCAGUAUCAACAGUGGAAAGAGUGCCAAAAGCGUGUUCAGCAAUAAUAGUAGCAAGAGUAAGAAGAGUAACAAAAGCAACAAAAGUAACAAAAGUAACAAAAGUGAUAAAAGUGAUAAAAGUGACAAAAGUGACAAAAGCUCCAGGAGUAGCAAAAGCAUAACCGAUCGAAUCGGAAUUUGGAGUCUGACUGGUAGCAAUCGGGCUAAAAGAAAGGAGCGUCAAUCUGUACUGGAAACCCAAGAAAAUAAACAGAGACCGAUGAUGCCCAAGUGGAAUCGGAAGGGAUGCACCAUGGUUGCCUUAAAGUCCAUUUCCAAAUCACAAAACAUGAAGCCACAAUUUUUUAGUGAGUUGAGAACUCUGAGUCGGUGUGUUCCUGACGAUAAAGCAUAUAUUGUACCCGGGUUAUUACGCGUCUACGGUGUAACUCGUGAUCCUACGACCAAGGAGUUCAUGUUGGUCUUGCAGUAUGCGGAGCAACGCUCUCUCUACGAAUACCUUGAUACCAAACCACACAUCUCCCUUCGUCAAACCGUCUCCAUCCUGAAGUCCAUCGCCCUCGGACUUCAUGCCAUUCAUAAAUCCGGGUUAAUUCAUGGUAAUCUCCACGGCGGCAACAUUCUUAUCGAUGCCUCCCACUGCGCAUAUGUUGGUGACACGGGUACUUCAAAUUUCGCGGAUCCAGCAAAAAAUAGUGUUGACUCGUUCACGAAAAAACCCCAUGCCAUCUCUCGGACAGAAGAUUCUACAUUCCAAAUAACCGCCUCCACCUUUAAAAGAGUAUCCGGGGUCAUCCCGUAUGUCGAUCCAGAAAUAAUGUUGAGUGGCACGCACACAAAUUCGUCAGAUAUAUAUUCGUUCGGUGUUAUCAUGUGGCAAUUGUGGUCUGGUCAACGGCCAUUUAUCGAACGAGCACACGAUUUGCAACUUUGUGUGGACAUAUACAAUGGUCUAAGACCAUGUAUGACCGAAGAUAUGCCGGGGAGGUACCGAGAGAUAGUGGCAUGGUGUUUGGACAUGGUCCCAGGUAACCGUCCGAGUAUCGACGAAUUAUUGUUGGUAUUAGGAGAGCUGGAAGACGAAAAUGAGGGAAGCUGGGAUGGAAUCUUAAGUGAGGUGGAAGAAAAUGCACUACAAAUGUUACAUCGGGAACGACCGAUGUCGAGAUCGAACUUGAAAACAAAAUAUUUCAGUAAAUUCAUGCCCUUUUCAGAUAAUCUGGAAAACGUGGAUGAAUAUAUAGUGAAAAAAAUACGGGAGGUAUCGAUAUACGGGAAUGCCCCAAUAAAUGACAUCCCAAGUGAAGAAGAUUUUAGAAAGUAG